UUUCUACCUGAAUGAGUUUUGGCACUCAGGACAAGGGGUAAAUGGUAGAGGGACAAGUGACCCCCUUUUCCAAGGAAGUAACCUCAGCCUCCACAAAGGCUGGACCACUAGUACUGUCCCUGAUGCAAUACCCCUCCCUCCACCUUCUGGACCCGACUGCCGUGUGCUUUUUCGGCCCCCUUGGUGCUUCCUGGCCUCCUCUGGGUAUCUUGGUUCUAUGAGUCCAUCUUAAUGCUCACUGGAAUGUUGGGGAGGGGGGUCGCCAGCGAAGCACUUUUAAGAGCUAAGCACAAUCUUACUCCAUUCUCCGGCCCCUGCAUCCCUACACUUUUAGAAUCGUUCCCUUGGGAAAGAAAUUGUGUAGAAAUGAGGCAGCAAAAAGAACAGCGGAAGGCUUUCCUGACCCUUUCGGUCUCAUCCCUCCCGGUUUUCUGAUGAAUUGCUGGGCCCCACAGCCAUCUCCCUGUUAAGGGAAGCCCCGCCCAUGCAGAGGGGUGGAGCAUAGGCGGAGUCCGAGGAGUCUGGGAAGGAACAAAGCGCGGCCUGCGGGCGGCGGCUGGGCUCCCUCCGGAGGCUGGGCCACCAGGAGCAGGUCCUGUGAGCCGCAACCCGCGUAAAACAUUGGAGGGCUCCGAGUGGCAUCGCGGUCCGUGCCGGCCCGGCCAUGAACGGUCUACCCUCAGCCGAGGCGCCGGGCGGCGCGGGUUGCACUCUGGCUGGGCUCCCGCCGCUACCACGGGGCCUCAGCGGCCUCCUUAACGCUAGUGGGGGCUCGUGGAGGGAGCUGGAACGUGUCUAUAGCCAGCGGAGCCGCAUCCACGAUGAGCUGAGCCGUGCCGCCCGCGCCCCGGACGGUCCCCGUCACGCUGCGGGCGCUGCCAACUCGGGUUCUGCACCAGGGGCGCGUCGCCCAGUUAACCUGGACUCGGCACUGGCCGCGCUGCGCAAGGAGAUGGUGGGGCUGCGGCAGCUGGAUAUGUCGCUGCUGUGCCAGCUGUGGGGCCUGUAUGAGUCGAUCCAGGACUACAAGCAUCUGUGCCAAGACCUGAGCUUGUGCCAGGACCUGUCAUCCUCCCUCCACUCGGACAGCUCCUACCCACCUGAUGCCGGCCUGUCCGAUGAUGAUGAACCUCCUGAUGCGAGCCUGCCCCCAGACCCUCCACCCCUCACUGUGCCCCAAACACACAAUGCCCGUGACCAGUGGUUGCAGGAUGCCUUCCAAAUCAGCCUCUGAAAAGCUGAGGUGGAUAGCUAAGCACCUAGACAAAAGGCUCAGAACUUGCCCUUCAGCAAGUCCUUAGUCGACAGUGCCUGCUCUUUUACCAGUACCACCUCACUUCACUUCAGGAGGGCAAGGCAUAUACCCAUCAGGCAAAGCGGUCAAGAUUGUGGCCAAUGCCCAGUGCACUGGGUUUCCCACUUCGCUCAGCUGUGUGUCACCCCUAGCUUGACCAGCUCUUAGUGUGACUGUGGGGUUCAAAGUGUCUUGCACUCGCGUUGGCAUCGCUAGGACUGGGAAGACUGUCUAGCUUCCAUCUCUUUCAUCUUUUGCUGCCACGUGCAGCUGCUGGCUCAGGGGCAUCCCUAUCUGUGGCCCUAGGGUUUCACUGCCUGGGACAAGGGCUCCAGGACCCAUCCCCGCAGCCAUCCACUAGCCAGAAAGGCUAAGGUCUCUAUGCUGGAUAUUUAAGUUUAGGGGCCAGUACGUGAAUGGAAAAAUAAAUAAAUACUU